AUGGCCAACGAGUCGACGCCGCUGAUCCAGACGGUCCGUGUUGCGCCGCCCCGGAGGAGAUAUCGCCAUGACACUUGCCGGCGGUUCUGCACCAUCGCCUGCACUUGUGUCCUCGCACUCGGAUUCGCCUCAUUCCUUACCCACGUUUUUCUCAUCUGGCCUUACCACCAUCACCAUGGUCACCACAGCCACUACUCGCACUCACACCAGCAAGGCAAGCGCCUCUCUCACCAAGAGGUCCAGAAGAUCCUCUUAGAGACCCCAACCGCAGACCAUGCUGAAGAAUGGAGCCGCUAUUACACCUCUGGCCCUCAUCUGGCGGGCAAGAACUUCUCACAGGCCGAUUGGACUAGAGAGAAGUGGCAGAGCUGGGGGGUCGAUGCCAGCAUCGCCGAAUACGAUGUGUAUAUUAAUUACCCCCUUGACCACAGCCUCUCUCUGCUGAAGAAGUCUGAAAAGGACAAUUCAUGGACUGUGACAUUUGAUGCUUCUCUGACCGAGGCGGUCCUGGACGAGGACCCUACCACUGCACUUGAUACCCGAGUUCCCACCUUUCACGGGUACUCUGCCAGCGGCAACGUUACUGGUCAGUUUGUCUACGUCAACUACGGAACCUACCAGGAUUACCAAGACCUUGUUGAUGCUGGCAUUAAUCUCAAAGGCAAGAUUGCAAUUGCCCGAUAUGGCGGCAUCUUCCGAGGUCUCAAAGUGAAGCGUGCUCAAGAGCUGGGCAUGGUUGGUACUGUAAUUUACAGUGACCCUGGUGACGAUGGCGACAAGACCGAGGCCAAUGGAUACGAGCAAUACCCCAAAGGUCCCGCUCGACAUGAGAGUAGCGUUCAGCGCGGGAGUGUCCAGUUCUUGAGCAUUCGUCCCGGUGACCCAACUACCCCAGGCUACCCGUCUAAGCCCGGCGUUCCACGAGCGCCCGCCGAUGAUAGCAUACCAUCUAUCCCCUCCAUUCCCAUCUCAUAUGUUGACGCUCUUCCUAUUCUCAAGGCUUUGAAUGGACAUGGCCCAAAAGCCUCGGAUUUGAGCGACCACUGGACGAGGAACCUGGGCCUCGGAUACAAGGGCAUAGAUUACAACGUUGGGCCUUCUCCCGCACAUGUGCUCCUUAACCUGCACAACGAACAGGAGUAUGUCACCACUCCUCAGUGGGAUGUUAUUGGUGUUGUCAAUGGAACAAUCCCGAACGAGGUUAUUGUUGUGGGCAACCAUAGGGAUGCGUGGAUUGCUGGUGGUGCUGGGGACCCCAACAGCGGCUCAGCCGUGUUGAACGAAGUUGUACGCAGCGUUGGCAAGGCUGUUGAGGCGGGUUGGAAGCCUCUCCGAACCAUUGUGUUUGGCAGCUGGGAUGGCGAAGAAUACGGUCUCAUCGGCAGCACCGAAUGGGUUGAGGAGUAUCUCCCCUGGCUCUCCGAUGCCAAUGUUGCUUAUAUCAACGUCGAUGUCGCCGCAUCUGGCCCAUCCUUUGGAGCUUCCGCCGCUCCUCUCUUAAACCAAGUCUUGCGGGAUGCGACACACAAGGUUCCCUCGCCCAACCAAACCGUUCCUGGUCAGUCUGUCGGAGACGUCUGGGAUGGUAAGAUUAGUACCAUGGGCAGCGGCAGUGACUUUACUGCAUUCCAAGACUUUGCGGGAGUCCCUUCCAUUGAUAUGGGCUUCAAAGCCGGCUCCAAUGGUCCCGUCUACCACUAUCACAGCAACUACGACAGUUUCCACUGGAUGCAUGAAUACGGCGACCCCGGCUUCAAGUAUCAUCUGGCCAUGUCCAGAGUCCUCGGCGUCCUGCUGUCCGAGCUGGCUGAUACCAUUGUGAUUCCCUUUGGCGCCACCGAGUACGCUGAUGCCCUAGGUGCAUAUCUCGACCAGGUAGAAGCCAAGCUCAAAAGCAAUGAGGACCCAGCCACGGACGAGGCCAUGUUCGCAAUGCGAGGAGCUGCGCUCUCCAAGGACGCCAAAGGCAGCGCUGAUGCGUUUGAAGCCAGCCUCAGGAAGAUACGUGCGUCGCUAAGCAAGCUGCGCACAAAAGCCGUCGGGCUAGACGAACGCGCUGCAUGGGCAAAUAAGAAGUUGAGAGAUGGUAUUCCGUGGUGGAAUAUCAUCGGCAAGAUCAAGCUGUGGACCACCAUUGCCAAGGUCAAUGUACAGUACAAGUUCUUUGAGAGGCACUUCUUGUUUGAAGGCGGUCUCGACAAGCGCAGUUGGUUCAAGCAUGUAGUGUUUGCCCCUGGCCUGUGGACCGGUUACUCUGGAGCCGUGUACCCCGGUCUGGUAGAGAGCAUUGAUGCCAAGGACUACAUCAAUGGUCUCAAGUGGGCGGGCAUCAUUGAUCGGUGUGUUAACAAGGCCGCGGAGAGCAUAUAA